AUGUUCAUUGCCAGCUCAAAGCUACAGAAAUUAGAAGAUUUGACAAUAAAUCGGUUCCCUUGGUCAAGUGCUGCAUGGACUAAUGAACCAAAGAAGAAGCUCACUGAUGCAGCACACAAAGACAAACUGCAAGGUCAAAAACCAACAUCGGCACAUACGUAUAAAGAUGAGAAAAAAGCGGUAUCAGAAGAGAUUGAAAGCAUUGUGAAUCAGCUAAAGUCAGGCAAAUUGACUUCUCUCAAUCUUAAUCGUAGAUUAUCAUCGACCGGAGACACAAUGGCGAUCGCUGAAGCAUUGAAGAUCAAUACAACAUUGACGGGGCUUGGUAUAUACAACAAUAAUAUAUCGGAUGAAGGAGUAAUGGCGAUCGCUGAAGCAUUGAAGGUUAAUACAACAUUGACGGGGCUUGGGAUAUACAACAAUAAUAUAUCGGAAAAGCAGAAGAAUGCAAUUAAGCGAGCAUGGAGCGGGAGAUCUUCAUUCCUGUAUCUGUAA